AUGCCGCUCAGGUUGGAGAUCAAGCGGAAGUUCGCUCAACGGUCGGAGAGGGUCAAGUCAGUGGAUUUGCAUCCCACGGAGCCAUGGAUCCUGUCGAGCCUGUACUCGGGGAGUGUCUGCAUCUGGGAUUAUCAGGCACAGGCAAUGGUGAAAUCAUUUGAAGUUUCAGAACUGCCAGUGAGGUCGGCAAAAUUUAUUUCAAGAAAACAAUGGGUUGUAGCUGGUGCAGACGACAUGUACAUUCGUGUCUACAACUACAAUACCAUGGACAAAGUUAAAGUUUUUGAGGCUCAUACUGAUUACAUCAGAUGUGUUGCGGUCCAUCCAACUCUACCAUAUGUGUUGUCAUCAUCUGAUGACAUGCUAAUAAAACUGUGGGACUGGGAUAAAGGGUGGAUGUGCACUCAAAUAUUUGAGGGACAUUCACACUAUGUGAUGCAGGUUACUUUCAAUCCAAAGGAUAUUAACACCUUUGCAAGCGCAUCUCUUGACCGCACUACAAAGAUAUGGAGUUUGGGCUCUCCAGAUCCAAACUUCACACUCGAUGGACAUCAAAAGGGUGUCAACUGUGUUGACUACUUCACUGGUGGUGACAGGCCCUAUUUGAUUACUGGUUCUGAUGACUCCACUGCAAAGGUCUGGGAUUACCAGACGAAGAGCUGUGUUCAGACACUUGAAGGGCAUACACAUAAUAUUUCUGCUGUUUGUUUCCAUCCUGAGCUCCCUAUAAUCAUUACUGGAUCUGAAGAUGGUACAGUUCGUUUAUGGCAUUCGACAACUUACAGACUUGAGAACACACUAAACUAUGGCCUUGAGAGAGUCUGGGCUGUUGGAUACAUUAAGGGAUCAAGAAGGUUAUUGUAUUUUGCAAAUCAGGCCACAGAUGGAGAAAGAUUACCCUUGGCUGUAAAAGAGUUAGGAAGCUGUGAUUUGUACCCACAGAGCUUGAAGCAUAACCCUAAUGGACGGUUCGUUGUUGUAUGUGGAGAUGGCGAAUACAUAAUUUAUACUGCCCUGGCCUGGAGGAAUAGAUCAUUUGGAACUGCACUGGAAUUUGUUUGGUCAUCAGAAGGAGAAUAUGCAAUUAGGGAAAGUACAUCAAGAAUAAAGACUUACAGUAAAUCAUUUCAGGAGAAGAAAACUAUCCGCCCUUCAUUUUCAGCAGAGCGUAUUUUUGGUGGGGUAUUGUUGGCUAUGUGUUCUAGUGACUUCAUCUGCUUUUAUGACUGGGCUGAUUGUAGACUAAUACGCCGAAUCGAUGUGAAUGUUAAGAACGUUUACUGGGCUGAUAGUGGUGACCUAGUUGCAAUAGCAAGUGAUACAUCAUUCUACAUCCUCAAGUACAAUAGAGAUAUUGUUGCAUCUUAUCUAGAAGGUGGAAAGCCUGUGGACGAAGAAGGUGUCGAAGAUGCUUUUGAGCUGCUUCAUGAGGUCAAUGAGCGAGUGAGAACUGGAAUUUGGGUUGGAGACUGCUUUAUCUAUAACAACUCAUCGUCGCGCCUAAAUUAUUGCGUUGGUGGUGAGGUCACUACAAUGUAUCAUUUGGAUCGCCCUAUGUACCUAUUGGGAUAUCUUGCGAACCAAAGUCGAGUUUAUCUUAUUGACAAGGAGUUUAAUGUCAUUGGGUACACAUUACUUCUGAGUUUGAUUGAGUACAAGACCCUUGUGAUGCGUGGGGAUUUGGAACAUGCAAAUGAAAUUUUAUCGUCCAUACCAAAGGCGCAAUAUAAUAGGCCCAUUUUCUGUUUCGUGGAAGAUAGCUUAUAUGUUAAAUUGAUGUAUAUAUUAUCAGUGUCACAUAACUGUCCUGAUUGUUGCUCAUUUUUGGAAUCGAGAGGUAUGUUGGAAGAGGCUCUUGAGAUAGCCACCGAUGCUGACUACAAGUUUGACCUAGCUGUGCAGCUUGGAAAAUUAGAAGUUGCAAAGGCUAUCGCCAUAGAAGCACAAAGUCAAUCUAAAUGGAAGCAGUUGGGUGAACUCGCCAUGUCCACAGGCAAGCUAGAGUUGGCGGAGGAAUGCCUUCUUCAAGCGAAGGAUUUAAGUGGCUUGUUGCUACUGUACUCAUCUCUUGGAGAUGCUGAAGGAAUUGAAAAGCUUGCUUCUUUGGCAAAAGAACAUGGAAAAAACAAUGUUGCUUUCCUCUGCCUUUUUAUGCUUGGUAAAGUGGAAGGUUGCAUACAGUUGCUUGUAGACAGUAACCGUAUACCUGAAGCUGCAUUAAUGGCACGAUCAUAUCUUCCUAGCAAAGUACCAGAGAUAGUAGCAAUUUGGAGAAACGACCUCAGUAAAAUUAAUCCAAAAGCUGCAGAGUCUCUGGCAGAUCCUUCUGAAUAUCCAAAUUUAUUUGAAGACUGGCAGGUUGCUCUAACUGUAGAAAAAAGCAUUGCUUCUCAGAGGGGCCAUUAUCCUCCUGCUGACCAGUACUUGAAUCGUGCUGAGAAGUCAGACAUGACUCUUGUGGAAGCUUUCAAAAGGAUGCAGGUCAUUGAGCAUGAGGAACUUGAAGAUACAGCUGAGGAAAAUGGAGAACCUGAUCAACAGGCAUCGGAAGAGAAUGAAAUGCAGAACACAGAUGAUGCUGAUGAACCUGAAGAGACAGUUUUUGUAAAUGGGGAUGAGGGUGAGGAACAGCAGGGUACGGACAGUGAAGGAGCUUCGUCUGCUUAG